AUGAUAAGAGCACUCAAGCUACAGACUCCGGGUCUCAAUCGACCGAUUCUCCAGUCACAUUCUCCUUCGUUGUCUAAGAUCUUCACCCGAGACGCCAGCUUAUCGGCUAUUCAUCGCGGCCUUCGCCAGUCCGAACGAGCAGAGUAUGGCGAAGCUCGAGAGCGUGCUCCGGCCCAUGCGCGCGCGCGAUCCGAGAUCCAGUCUCUUACACAGAAGGCCUUGGAUGGGGCGGGUUCCAAGAGACAGCAGGCAAAGCUGCUGUCCAAGUUGAAGAAAAAGCAGGAUGAGGUCGAUGGCACAGGCAAAAAGACGCGUAGGAAAAGGUUCCACGAUGAGACGACGGAUUUUGGCAAGAACAGCUUGGUAUAUCAGUUGAAGCAUGGGCAUUUGCAAGGACUCAAGGAUACCAUCGAUCCGCCAGUCAAGCCUCGGGGCACGCGAAUGACCAACGACGAUUUCAAACAGCGAAUGGACAACACCUCUGACGAAGUCUCUGCUACUGGGCGAUCCUUUCAACGACGUGAUGGCCGACCCGCCCGCAAUGUCGACACAUCCGACGACAGGGACACCCGUCCCACCCGCCACGAGCCUGAAGAUGGCGUAUUUCGACCUGCGCCGCGCGAACGGAGACACAACAUGAUGCCACUCCAAGUGAAAUACACGACCGCCGCCUCCCAGUUCCUCUACGGAACGUCUGUCGUCAAAUCAGCCCUCGACCAAGGUCAGCGAAAACUGUACAACCUCUACAUCUAUGGCGGUGAGAAUCGUCGCCAGACGUGGGAGACUGUCAGGAUCAAGAACCUUGCCAGGCAGAAGAACGUGCCCAUCACAAUAGUUCCCGCCGAGGAUCAGCGAUUGAUGGACAAAAUGAGCCAGGGCAGACCACACAACGGCUUCGUACUGGAGACCAGCCCACUGCCCACGAGGAAGGUGGCAUCCCUCGGUGCUCUCGAGGAGAGACCCGAUAAGCUAGGCUUCCAUGUCGAGCUCGGGUAUCAGAGUAAAGAGGAGGACAAGGUGAAUGGUUCGGACACAUUUGUCCCAAGGAGGAGUGCGGUCACGGCUCGGCCUCUUGUGCUCUUCCUCAACGAGGUCGUCGACCCAGGCAACCUAGGCGCCAUCAUCCGCACAGCGAGCUACCUCGGUGUGGACGCCGUCGGCAUCUCGUCCUCUGGAUCCUCGGAUCUCACUCCCGUUGUGCAAAAGUCAGGCGCCGGGGCCAUUGAAGAGAUGACAAUCUUCAAAGUCGACAAUGCCGAGUCAUUCCUCCGCGACUCGAGCAACGCGGGUUGGAAGACGUAUGCUGCAGUACCACCCAUCGACAACAGACUCGCUCGCCAGAAUCGCGAGAGGAUCAUCACGACGGACGACGUCGAGCGCAGCAGCCCCGUCUCACAACACCCGUGCGUGAUCGUGCUUGGCAACGAAGGCAUCGGACUGCCGAAGCCAGUCAAGGCUGCAUGCACGCACUGGGUGUCUAUUCCCAAGUUCAUGCAGGAAACGUGCGUGGACAGUUUGAACGUCAGUGUCGCAGCGGGUCUUCUUGUACACUCCUUUGUGAAGAAGCCCUUAUCCUCGGACGUUGCUCGGGAGGAGGCUGCAGAGCAUGAGUGUGAAGAUGAAGCUGGCGACGAGGUUGCUGAGCCUCAGGGGGAGAAGAUGUUCUAA